AACGGGAGAUAUUUGUGCUAAUCUGUGCGUAGGUUGGUAAAAAAGCUUUAAAAAAUAACUUGCAAAAUUGUCGCACAGUUUCCAGUUGAAAACUGUUAGACAGUUUUGGACGUAUAAAAUUAUUUGGCAAGGUUUUGGACACGUUUGGAAAACGAAACACUGGUAAUGAAUUUCGUCCGUCAUAGCUUUAAUAAUUAAAGCAGGAAACAUUUUUUUCACCCUCAAGUUCAUUCUUCUGUAACUGACACAAUUUCAAACUCAAUGUUUGGAUCAACUAUGUAUCAAUUAGUCAUGAAAUGCUGAUGAGUUACAAAGAUAAAGUAAAACAAGAAGAAUUAAGUGCAAUUAAUCAAAUAAGAUACAUUUACUCGAGAAAAAGGAAGAGAUCAAAGUUAAAUGUGUAAGUACGAGGAAGGUCAUUGCAACGAUCUUCCUCGUUAUUGCAUGCAGUGCCCGCGGAAGCGUAUCGACAGAAGGACAUUGUCCCCGCGGUUGUUGGAUGUCCACAUCAUCUCCCCAUCUUAUAUAAACCCGGCCCUCCCCCCGUCCUACAAUGUUAAUGUACCCAUAUGUUCCCCCCACAGCUUCCGCGGCCACUGAUUGCAUCGUCAUGCAUGCAUGCAUGACAUAAGUACUCAAAAACAACGAUUAUCUUCAUGAAUACAGGUGAGUUAUCAUUCAUGCAUCCGAAUCUGGAAAUGCAAUCAGUGUGGUUUUCCACUUCUCCAGAAAAAGAAGUAAUAAAUUGGUUCAAAAAUUAAGGAAAUUUAUAAAUUUCUGAGCAAGUUCGGUUUCCACAUUUUAAGUUUUCACUUUAUAAAUAUUUAUAUAAAUUUCCUAAUUUGCUAUAUUUUCUCUUUUUAAGUUGCCACGUCAUAUUUAUAGCUUUCGUAAUUUGUCAUAUUUCCACUUUUUAAAUUUUCACGUUUUUUGUUCAUUUAAUAAAUAAAAUGGUUAAGUCUCAAACUAAAAAAGGUGAACUUUUCGCCGAGCUGAAAUCCAAAAUUGCAGAGCACGAGAAAUUAUUCAAGAUUAAAGACAUAUUUGAUGACGCCUUGCUGUCUGCGUUUCUCAGAGGGAAAAAGUUCAAUGUGGACGAUACGCUGAAAUGUUUGGAGCACUUUGUCUACAUCAGGACCGAGAAGUAUAAGAAUUUCUCGAUUAAAUACAUGAACCCGUCAACCCUGAUAACCCUGGAUAUACAAAGUAUCAAGACGCUGAAAUACAUGGACGAUAAGGGACGACGGAUCGGCGUCGAACAAAGCAGGUUUUGGGACACUUCGAAAUUUGGUGUGCAGGAACUCUUCGCCGAGCUUCUCCUGCACGUGGAGGAGUCGAUGCGGAGCUAUAUGAUACAUUCGGAAGACAAUGGUGGCGUUAUGAUUUACGAUUUGGGUUAUCUUGGCAUCCAGCACGUUCGACUUGCCUCGCCCAGAAUGGUCAUACAAGGGUUCGACUUAUUUCUGAACAACAUCCCAGCUCGACUCGCGGCCGUCCACUUGAUGAAUGUGAGUGCCAUCGGACGUUUAUUGGUGGCCUUUACGUUGCGAUACUUGAAGGCAAAAGUUCGCAGCAGGAUUUUCGUCCACGCGGAUUUUGCCUCGCUGCACGAACACAUUGCAGCUUCCGUACUGCCCGUCUCACUCGGAGGUGAGCUCAGUGACGAGGACGCUUAUGAAAUCGAUUUCGUGCCCAGGAUUCGUAGUCAACAACGGUUUUACACACAAAUAGCGCAAUUAGCGAGACAUUCGUAGGGGUAAAUAUUUAGGCCACUUGGUAUUAAUUUAAGUUGUAAUGAUGAUAUUAAAGGAUGAUUUUUGAUAGAUAUUCGUGACAUUUAAUUAAAAGGUUUUAUUUAA